CUCAAGUAUUGGGCGUGGUGCCUUUUUCACUUGGAGUGCUAGGCCGGACAGCUUUCCGCACGAGCGCGGCGCCGGGGCGUUUCAGCAUGAGCGGCAGGCCGCAGAACGGUCCCGGCGGCGCUCCCGGCGACGAGCCCCGCCGUCCGCCGUGCGGCGGCCCGCGCACCUGUGGGAGCGAUUUCGGACGCAACAGCCCAAUCCCAGAUUUCACCGACUAUGUGGAACAGAUGCAGGUUGCGUGCUGGGUGUUCUGCGCCGUCAUGAUCUUGCGCCCCCUGAUCAAGCAGAUGUGGGUCAGAGGCGCCAGCAGGUUGUGGCUUCGCAGCUGCUCUGCUCGGCUGCUCGCGUUCGUCAGAGUCGCCAAGGCCUUCGUUGCCGACAGGGGUGGCACUCAAGACGCCGUUCACUUGCACAAGGAAGAAAUGAGGCUCAACAUUUCGCGACGAUGUUGCUGGAUCGCUUCUUUGGCCUUCGUCGUGAUGAUCAGCCCGCUGGAGUGGGAGGCCAACCACGGCGAUGGCCGCACGCACCUGGCACCGAGGCGCUUGCACCACGCUUUCUGCUCGACGAUCCUGGUGACCAUCCACGUGUUUCCAAGCUUGCAGACCCCAUCACUGCUUCACGUUUGGUACUCCCUCAUGUCAUUAUCAAAUCUCAUGACGGUGUCACCGCUGCUGCAGUACUCGGAGCACAUUCGUUCGGUCUCGGUGCUGGUGUUCUAUGACUGCAUGUGCCUCAGCCUUGUGGACCUGAGCCUUCCCAUGAAUCUGUUUUGGUCGGUUGCUACCUAUCUAACCGCUGCGUACACAGUGUUCGCUGGCCAUUCCACCGGAAAAGGCUUAGGUCCUUCAGCAUCGGAUGACGUGCUCAUGAUUUCAAUAGGUGGCACUGUAGGAAUGAUUCUGUUCCACGCCGUCAUCAAUUUUGUGGCCGUGUCCUCUGUAGAGGGUCACACAUACAGGAGAGAUAUGCGCGCGGCAAGGUCGAUCUUGUCAGGUAUUUGUGACGCUGUGGUUGAUCUUGAUGGAGAGAUGAAGCUGACGCAGCCUUCCCAAACGCUCGCGACUCUGCUGAUGUAUGACCUGCCUCGAGCGUCGGCGGGAGAACGCGUGGCACACUUCCUUGCGACGGAGGCCGAGCAAGAGCAGUUUGCCCAGGAGGUGAAGUCCAUCAGCGCGGAUAACGAAUUCUGCAAAGCCUUUCACGUAAACCUGCGGGACCGCUGUGGCAGCGUAGUGCGGCUUGAAGCAUUCGGCGUUUGUGCCAUCAGUGGUACUUUGAAGGAGUCCUACCUUGUUGGCUUUCGGGAGUUCGCGGACUGCAGGCCGCUGCCCAGUGCCAAAUUGACUGCACAUCCUCGGCUCAGAUGCCAGUCGUCCGAGGUUCAGCACGCUGAUUGUAGUUCCUCUUCAGCCUUGUCUUCUGAUGUAACGUCUGAAUCGCAGGAAGUCGCUGUUUGGAUCGACGCUAAUUCAGCAGAGUUCACCAUGUUGCGAUGCACCAGUGGCUUCGAGAUGUUUGCUGGUUCUUCUUGGGAGGAAAUAUGUGCUGUUCAGUCGUGUCUUCUGCACUGUACUGAUCCAGACCAGCGAAAAGACUUGGCGUUUUGGAUUCGCCAUGUCCUCGAGAAGUCCACGGGACCCAUCAAUGACGGCAGCGCGCUAAUCGAUGUUGUGAAUGGAGUGCGUUUUCGCUUCAGUGAGCACCAUCACCGCUUCCGCUUAUCAGCCGAGUGCAGGCUCGCAGUCGUCGUGGAGCAGCAUGCUGGCGUGGACCCUGUGCAUUCGGUGAAGCUUGUGAUCGAGAGGCCCACCUGGCUCCAGGGGUCGAUCUGGAUAGGGCGCUUCAGCGCGCCCGCGCGCAGAUGGGCAUCCUCGCUGACGUGCGUCUCCGAGGAGGGCGGCGCCGCCGCGGCGGCGGCAGCGACCCUGGAGGAGACCCGCGGCGUCUCGGCCCCGCCGGAGCUCAUUGGCAGGACGGCGCUCCUGGAGGCGGGAGCGAGCCACGGCGAGGCGCGCGCCAUCGACCUCGUCCAGCUGUAGCUCUGGCCCGCGGCAGGGGCUGUGCCGUCCGGAUUCUCGAUGGGCCUGUUUCCCGCCACCACCGCCACAAAUUGGAGUGGGAGGGGUCGUGGCUGCUGGGGGGCUGCCGCGAUGGCGCUGGGCGGCCGCAUGCACGGGCGAGACACUCCGCGCAGUCGUGCGCCUUUCCUUUCGGCCCGCGCUGCACGGCUGCAGCGGGCCAGUGGAUGCAGUGCAGUGUCACGGCUCGAAUCGCAGGCCUGACGUUUCCGCGACGGCGCACCGCCGCUUACAGUUUCGAAGAGAAAACAUCACUGUAUAUGUAUGAUGUGUUAUUUUCCCAUGCCGUUAGGUGGUGGCGUUCCACAGCGGGACGGGCGAUGUCAUUGAACAGUGAUAUAGCUGUAUCUGUCGGUUCCAGGGGUCAAGAGCAAUGUGCAGAUGUCGGCGUUGCCAAGACCGUGACCCGACAGCGAGGCCGAUAUUCGGCCCCGCCGUCUGGGGCUUUCAGGGAGGAGG